AUUUAUUUGACCUCAAAUGAAUCAUAUGCUAUAUUCCGUUAAAAGUUUUCAUUUUCUGACAAACAUACUAAUAAAUUACGAUCAUGGGAUUAUUCCAGCUUGCAUAAAAAAAAUAGAAUCAGAUCUUGGAAUUAAUGAUUUAUAAGUAGAUAAUAAAAUUUUAAUGAUUUACUUAGCUUGGUUUAUUGAGUUCAUCCGUUUAUGCAGGAAUUAUAAUAGGAUCAAUAAAAGGAGCAGGAUUUUAUGAAAAAUAUAAGACGAAAUAAAUUCUCACAUUAUGCUUAUUAUUCUACAUAUUGAGUUUAUCAUUAUUUCUCCUUACAAAGAAUAUUAUGCUCUUAUAUUUUUCAAGAUUUUUAACUGGACUAUUUUAAGUAUGCUUCAUUAAUUUAAUUGGAAUUUUUAGUAAUUUAUUUUCCUGUGUGGAUUGAUAUCUAUGGAGGAUAGUAAAAAAAUUAACAGUUGAUAU